AUGCUUCUCCAAAGAGAAGCAAACAGACAAACCCGUGCUGGAGAGGUCGUGAGCAGGUCGCCCCUAUUCCAGUCGCGUCAAUGGGAUCUUCAGUCCAAGCUCCAGCGGUGGAGGGUCGACUUUGCCAUAUGGAGUGAAAAGGACUCCUCGUUCGCAAGAACAGCUUUUGCAGCAACUCUACUGAGUUGGCACGCAGCCAUCUCAGUCAUGAUUUCAAGUUGCCUUAAACAACAUGAGACCGAAUAUGAUAUGCAUUUCGGUCAAUUCCGGUCUAUUGUUAGCUGGUCAAAGCAUAUUCUAGAUUUCUCAGCGACGCCAGGUCGAUCACAAUCACCGUUCACAUUCGAAAUGGGCGUCGGCAUGCCUCUAUUUUUCACCACUGUUAAGUGCCGUCAUCCGGCCCUACGCCGAGAGGCACUGGAUCUCCUUCGACGAGCGCCUUCGGUACAAGGUUUCUUUAACUGCCCGUCAUGGGCUGCUCUGGCCGAGAAGGUCCUUGAAAUUGAAGAGGGACGGCUUUCCGAAGUAAGGAAACGCGUGCUGCUGGAAGGAAGGAAUCUCAGUUUGCCUUCGCGCGAGGACGAACUGGUCAUGGUCGUGCAUGAAGAGUGGUACCCGUCCACUGCCGAUGGGCAGCAAGAACUUAUUUCAGAGAAUUGCAGAGUCCAUGAUUAUGGAACUUCUCCUCUAGCCAGUUCACGCUUUCGAGAUGGUCUGAGAUCAGAGGAAGUAAAAACGUUUCUUCGUUUUACGCGAAACAGACGAAGUGCGAAGGGGGAGUGGUAUUUAGAGGAGCUUUUCUGCAUGAUGUCUUGA